CGUAGGAAACGGAUGUUUUACACCCUCAGAACGAUUUUACGUCUGCCACAGUUUAUUACGACUUUAUUACUGUGUAGACACGCCUCUGUCCCACUGUCCCUUAGACUAAGUUACCCGUUACCCCUUUAACUUCUGUCUACUGUCAGGUUUUGUGUCUCUUGGUAGGCCCAACCUUCGAGUUAAAGAACGUUAGAUUUCGAUUAAAAUUCCUCGUUUAAUCAGUUUUGAUACAGCAGUCAAAUGGCAUUCCCAGGAUAUGGUGCACCACAAGGCGGAUUUCCAGGAAUGCAGCAAGAUCCGCUGUUUGGAUAUUUUUCAGCUGUUGCUGGACAGGAUGGACAGAUCUCAGCAGAUGAGCUGCAGCGCUGCCUCACACAUUCGGGCAUCUCUGGCUCAUACCAACCCUUCAGCCUGGAUACAUGCAAACUGAUGAUCAGCAUGCUGGAUAGAGACAUGUCUGGCACCAUGGGCUUUAACGAGUUCAAGGACCUGUGGCAGGCUCUGAAUGGCUGGAAGGCAACGUUUGCAUCCUUUGAUCGGGACCAAAGUGGGACGGUGGAGGGUCCCGAGCUGCAGCAGGCCAUUACAACGAUGGGUUACCAUCUGAGCCCUCAGGCGAUGAAUAGCAUCAUGAAGCGCUACAGCAUUAAUGGCAGAAUCCCCUUUGAUGAGUUUGUGAGUUGUUGCGUGAGACUUCGUGCCCUGACUGAUCAUUUCCGAAGGAGGGACACAAGCCACAGUGGAAAUGCCUCAUUUCAUUAUGAUGAUUUUAUCCAGGUCACCAUGAGUGUAUGAAAGGAACAAAACCAACCAGUGGGACCACACCAACCUUUUACUUUUUUCUUCAUUAACAGCCUGUAAUGUUUUUACUUUUACUCAUUGUUGUACAAACCAGGUCCAAAUGUCACAUUCCAGUUUAUCAGGACCUGUUUUUAAUUUUUAAGGUAAUUAAUUAUUAUAACAGACUAAUAAGAACAUACUCACAUCAAAAUAUAGCACUGACAAACACAGCCUGUAUACUGGAAAAUGCUAUCACUCCAGCAUCUCAUCACAAGAGUUAUUAUUUUGUAGUAUUCUCCAGCUUAUAAUAGUCCACGUUUAUUAUAUUAAUAAAACAUAAUAGAAUUUA